GCAAACUUGCAGCGAUUGGUGUGUGUGUGUGAUGAGUCAUCACAAGAAGUAACGAGAGGAAGAGAGGAGGAAGCAGCAACGCCACCAUCCAGCCAUCCUUCCUGCAACGUCGUCAGCAAGCCUCAUCUUCACUCCACACUCACACUCACCAACCACACACACACAGACACGCACGCACUCACCAAGCACUCACCCACGCAUUCACGCUCGUCGCAAGAACAAACGCGGUUGUCUGUGGUGGAUGGGUGGGGUUGCGACCAUCUCUUGCCGCUCUUCUUGAUGAGCUUCCCCCGCUCUUCCCUUUCCUCUUCUCGUUGUCCUUGUUUUUGUGAGAGCCGGCAACCAUGAAGUGCGAGUCGUUUGAGCAGCUCCGAGACAAGGCGGAGCAGAGCAUCGACAAGCUGUUUGAUGACAAGGGUGUCGCCCGCUUCUUCGCCCAUGCACAGAAGCUGGCCGAGCUCGGCAAGAAGGAGAAGGACGAUGAAAUGGCGCUCUUCCACUUUUACCGCGCCAUCUACUUGCUCACCCGCAUCCAGCAGUCCAAGACAUACAAAGCAAAGAAGGAUGCCCUCGGUCCACAGAUGGCAAAGGCAAUGCCCGUCUUUGACAUGGCUGCAUCCAACGUGGAGCGCCUCAAGAAGAUUGUCAAGGACAAGUAUGCGCAAGAAGCCGAGAAACGUGCGCGUGCCCGCGCAAAGCAAGAACAACCCAACAUGUCCGCGGAAGAAGAGGCAUUCCUGGACAUGUUUCCGUCUGUACCUGAUGAGCACAUCGUUGACGGCGUAUCAACAGGCCGCCUCUCCCACAGCCACGACGAAAUCCACCAGUGGGUGCACGGGCGCCCCAUGGAUACCACCGCGCCAGAUGCAGACACCGUCGCAUCCAACGACGUGUUUAGUGACGGCGCUGCACUACCACCGGCACCGCCGCCCGCGUCACAGUCGCCAAGCACACCUCCAACAACAUCGCCUUCAUCCAUCCUGCAGCCCACACACAGCCAUCCCACCACGCCCGCUUCCAACCCACCGCUGCACCCCAUGCAACCAACACCCUCCUCCGCCCCUACAGCUCCCUCUGCCAGUACCGCAAACGCCGCAAGUGGACAGGGUGGCGACUCGAACUUCCUUGUUGACCUGGGCUGGCCACCUUCAUCGUCAACACAACCGCCGCCACCACAGCAGCCAUCACCGUCUUCAUCGUCAUCGGCAGCAACGGGCGCCCAUCAGCCCCUCAUCAGCCUUGACAACGGCGGUGACGCUGGUGAUGGUGGUGCCUCGGCCCCUGAACACCGCCCACAGCCACCAGCAUCAUCACAAUCACCAGCAUCGCCACUACACUCGCCUGCUGCCUCCACGACCCUCAUUCCGCUCUCGCCCACCGCCGACCAAGCCACCACCGCAGCAGUGACGGAUGGCAGCGCAGCGAGCGACAUGUUGGACGCCACCACGACCAACGGCGGCGGCCGCGAUGGCAGUGGCAGUGGCAGUGCGGGGGCGCUAUUUGUGUCGCCGGAGGAGUUUCACGCCAUCAUGAACACGUGUUUGGUGGUGGAUCUUCGGUCCCAUUCGCGCUUCCGCAUGGCAGCCAUCUCCCCGCUGCUGACGUCGGUGGAUUGCGUCAACAUCCCUGGCGAGGACAUGCGGGAGGGCAUGAGUGCAGACGACGUUCGCAGUCUCGUUCGCAACCAUGGUAGCGUGCGCGCGUUUGACAGGCGCAAUUCGUACAAGCGGAUUGUUCUCGUCACGGAGGGCGACGAGGACAGCAGGCGCACGGACACGGGGCCCAUCAAGUGGUUCACGGAUGCGCUGGUGCACUACGGCGGGGCGGAGGAGCUGACCGUUCCCAUGUGCGUGCUCAAGGGCGGCUAUCGUGAGCACUACCACAUGUACCCGUCAGACUGCUCAGGCGCUCCGCUCGACACCGUUCGGCAGUCUCCGCGCACACGCAACCCGGUCUCCUUCGACGUGCCCUCCAUCCCCGAGCCAAAGGCGAAGCAACGGCCCAAACCAACAACAGCAGCAUCAGCGGCAGCUACAGCAGCUGUAACAGCAAGCAGAGGUGCACAACAGUCGCUUCCAAGUGCACACACGCACGGCGACUUGAGCCGCAACGUGGGCGCAGCCGCUGUUGACGACACAACUCGCGCUGGUAAUGGUGAUGAGGAUGUGUUGGAAUCGCCAUACCGCCUGCACCGGCAGGUGCUACAGGCGCAUCAGGAAGAGGAGGAACGAAGGGAAAGGAAGAGGAGGGAGGAGGAGGAGGAAAGGAGAAGGAGAAUGCAGGCGGAGGAAGAAGAGAGGAAGAUGAGGAAACAACGGGAGCAGGAAGAAGAAGAGGAGGAGCGACGAAGGAGGAGGAGGAAGCAGGCAGCCGAAGAGGAACGCAUCAGGAAGCAGCAGCAGCAGAUGGAAGAAGCGGAGAGGAAGAGAAGGAUGAUGAUGGAGGAGGAGGAAGUGGAGGACAGAAGGAGGAGAGCGGGUGUUCUGCCUGGCACAUCCGAUGGUGAUGCCGUGCGACCCGGGUUGCCUGCGCGCUCCCUGUCGUCCACUGCAGCAGUCGCAUGGCCGCAAACGCCAGCACAGCAACAGCUACCAGCAUUGCCAAGUGCGUCGCCGCCACCACUGGCCCGUACUGUUGGCGCUGAGGGCGUUCCUGCUGCCGGCCCACUGCCGCCGGCGCCGCACGCUCCGCCUGCACCACACGUGGCACGGAUGGCAGCGAGCGAGGGCGCAGUGCGCGAUGUUGGCGCAGAGGGUGUUGACGACAGCUCUGCUGGAAAGCGAAAGCCAACGCGUCCGCCACCAGCACCGCCAGCCGGCCGUGUGCUCACAAAGCCAUCCACACCUCAGCAGCCACAGCGCGUGGACAAGAACAAAGGCGGCGGCGAUGGGGGCCAUGCACGUGUGCAACCUGAUGCCUUACCAGCGCUUCGACCCGCAGCACGUGCGAUUGAGCAAGACGAUGUCAAUUGCGACGAUGGUGGCACCAGUGGCAGCGGCGGUGACGACCACGCGCCGUCAUCACCGCCAUCGUCGUCAUCGCCGCUGCCACCGCCGUACAGCGAUGCUGUCACGGCCAAGUACGAUUUGCCCGCAAGGGACGUGGGCGCAGUCGGCCUGGAUCAUGCCGGUGGUGAUGGCACGACUGUGACUCCAAGCGCACCGUCGACACUGCGGAGCACAGCACCAGCCCCUCAAACAGCAGGCAGCCACCCGACACACGCGACAACAACCCAGCAACAGCAGAAGCAGGAGAGGGCGGCGCUCGAGGCGAAAGCAAAGCUACGAAUGGAGAACGGCAAGGUUGUGUAUCCCCCAAAGGUUCCCGAUGCGCCAAAGCCCGUGGUCGACGCAACCCCACCCCGCACUGUCGGCGCAAGCGGUAUGGACACUUCCGAUAGCAGCGGCAGCGGUGGCCACAGCAGCAACAGCGAUCACAGUCGAAGCAGCAGCGAUGGCGGCGCCCCGUCGUUGCGUGCUGGGCGGCGCGGACGCGUGAAGCCGUACACGGCCAUCAGCGCUGUGCAGGCGAGCAGGAACGCAAACAAACCGCCAGCACGCGCACCGCCAACGCCGCCCGUGGUACACGUGUCCACCACGGGCCCACACAGCAGCCGCAGCAGCAGCAGUACUUCAAGCGUCAGCAGCGGUGACAGUGCCAAUGGAGUCAACGACGCCAGCACUGAUGGAGAUAGCCACCGUGAUCGCUACCUGCGCUCCUUCCAGAACAGAACCAACAACGCCCACAGCAACAGCAACGGCAGCCGCAACGGCAGUGGUGGUCGCGUGGCACCGCCAAACAAGCCACCGCCGAAGCCGUUGUCGUACGCACCACCACAUGCACGAGCACGUGCACGCGCGCGAACAACGGACGACCUACCGCGACGCAGCGCAGCCACGCUGGACAACGGCAGCAUGACAGCCGGUGGGGGCGUCCGGAAACCGCUCGUUGACCGCUCAACAAAGCCGCGUGCAGCGCUCUCUGUUGGGCGGUGCCGGCCCGAGCUCACCGUCCCGCGGAUGCAGAGCAUGCGGCUGAUCCAGUCGUCGUACCCCAUCUCGACCGGUCUGAAGAACCUGGGCAACACGUGCUACAUGAACGCCGUCCUGCAGUGCCUUGCCCACACCAAGCAGCUCGCCACAUACUUUGUGCAGAAACGGUAUCGAAACCACCUGAACCGCCGCAGCAAGUUUGGCUGCAAAGGGGAGGUUGCCGAGGAGCUGGCCGAGCUGCUGACGGUGCUCACCUCGCGGCAAUACCGCCACCUGUCCCCCUCCAUGUUCAAGGAGGUGUUCGCCUCCUACUGCCCACAAUUCGCCGGCUACGACCAGCAGGACUGCCAGGAGUUUGCGAGCAUGCUCCUGGACAAACUGCACGAAGACCUGAAUCGUGUCGUCGCAAAGCCGCCGGCAAAGGAUCUCGACUUGAGCGGUAUGGACGCUGUUCGCGCCGGCAACGAGGCGUGGAAGCAGUGCAUUGCACGCGAUAACUCCAUCAUCACAGACCUCUUUCAGGGCCAGUUCCGCAGCGUGACGCGGUGCAACACGUGCCGAUAUGAAUCUGCAACGUACUCACCGUUCACGUCGCUGUCGUUGCCUGUGCCGCCGCACGGCCGCUACUCUCUCCACCACUGCAUCCGCCUCUUCUCCCGCCAGGAAAACAUGACCGGCAACAACCAGUGGAAAUGCCCCAAGUGCAAGGCGUAUCGUGAUGCCAUCAAGUUUAUGGGCAUCUGGCGGCUGCCUCGCUGUCUCCUCAUCCACCUCAAGCGCUUCUACUUCAACGGGCCCUUUAGAGACAAGAUCAACACCAUGAUUGACUUCCCACAAAACCUUCAGCUCGGCAAGGACGACGUCAUGAGCUUCAGCCGACCGGAGCAGCGGGAAAACUACUCGCUGUACGCCGUCGCCAACCACUAUGGCACGCUCACGGGCGGCCACUACAUUGCCUUUGCAAAACACGCUGGCAGGUGGGAGAAGUACGAUGACAGCGUGGUGUCGCCCAUGGCGCCGCAGCAAGUCGUCACGCCGGCCGCAUAUGUUCUCUUCUACUCGUCCCUGGAUCUGUAGUGGUGGUGGUGGUGAUGAUGAUGAUGAUGCGACACACACGCACGCACACAUACACGCACGCACAACACACACGCACGCAUACACGCACACGCACAUACACAUACACACGCACGCACACAUACACGCACGCACCUGAUCAUGUCGCCCCAUUGAGUCAGUUACAUGCAGAUGUGACACAAUACGUCAUGUCACAACUGCGGUAUCGUCGUUAACACCUCCUUCUUCCUGUUCCUCCCUAACUAACCGUAUUUGUUUGUUUGCUUGUGUCCCUUUCUUUCGCGUCAAGACACAACUACAUGAACAACUGUCAUCGUG